AGCGCUGCAACCACCAAAAGUCGCUGUACAGGAAAAGGGCAGCAAAUGCAAUUGCAAACGCCCAAAAACCUAAAUGAAAAUUCAACAAUGGCCCCAUCACUUCACCACCAACACUCAGAUCCCCAAACCCAAUACAUAUACAUAGACACAUGCAUAUAUUAAUCUCCAUUUGGCUGUUUCUUGCCUCACAGGUCACAGCCUAACUCCUCCUCGAGUUGCUUUCAUGGCUCUUACAGCUCACGCUACGGAUCACGUCAAUGAGGUUUUGCCUCUUUGGCAUUGUUGAAGAUCCCUUCCAUUCAGUGUUAGAAGCUGUAGUAUACGCGAAACAAUUUAGGGGAAAGGGAGAGCAUUAUGGUCAAAUUUUAAAGAGAAGAUAGAAACAUUUUCCUGCUCUUUUCUGGAGAAGAUGUUGUGUACUUGCUCCGGUGAAAAAUUCAAGUUCGAAGAGCCCUCGCCGGACUCGCCGGAAUCGCUGGCGACGAGGGAUUUCUCGGCGAGUGGACUUUCAUCUCGGACUGGUGAUUGGGAAUCGAAAUUUGAAGAUGCCCAAGUGGAUGAAGCUGAGUCCACGCUCAAGGAGGCUCUUUCCUUGAAUUAUGAGGAAGCAAGAGCAUUGUUGGGGAGGCUUGAGUACCAAAGAGGCAAUUUUGAUGCUUCCCUGCAAGUCUAUCAGGGGAUUGACAUUAGAAUUUUAUCACCAAGGAUGAGUAAGGCUAUCAUGGAGAGGACCCGGCAACGAAAACCUCUUUCUAAGCGAGAAAAUACGCUUCCGGGGCUAAUGUCACUGCAUUCAGUCAGCCUAAUUCUGGAAGCAAUCUUGCUGAAAGCAAAAUCCUUGGAGGCGCUUGGCAGAUUUAAAGAGGCUGCAAGGGAGUGCAAAAUAAUUCUGGAUAUAGUAGAAUCAGCACUACCUAAUGGAAUGCCUCAAGUCAUUGCCGAGGACAAGAAGUUGCAGGAGAUGUUCCACAAAGCGCUAGAGUUGCUUCCAAAGCUGUGGAUACGUGCAGGUUACCUUAACGAAGCUAUUACUGCGUAUCGACAAGCUCUGGUCAGGCCCUGGAACUUGGAUCCCCAAAGGUUGGCUAGUGUACAGAAAGACUUGGCUGCCACUUUGCUCUAUGGAGGUGUUGAAGCAAUCUUUCCCCCUCAGUUACAAUUAUGGGUUCCAAAUACACCCACAACUAACACAGAGGAAGCAAUUCUUCUCUUGUUUAUACUUCUGAAAAAGGUUUUGAAUGGUGAAAUAGACUGGGAUCCAGAAAUCAUGGAUCAUUUGACUUUUGUGCUCUCUAUGUGUGGCCAGUUUGAGUCUCUAGCACAGCAUGUGGAACAGGCACUUCCGGGUACCUAUAAUCGAGCAGAGAGGUGGUACUUUCUCGCCCUUUGCUACAGCGCUGCAGGUCAAAAUGAAGCUGCAGUCAACCUUCUACGGAAAGUUUCUGGGUGUUCAGAAGCCAAGCUUAUGCUCCACUUACCUUCGUCUUUGCUAGGGGCAAAUUUGUGUUCUCAAGACCCAAGGCAUGCUCAUGAAGGGAUUAAAUUUGCUCGCAGAGCAAUUGAUCUAGCAAGCCACCAAAAUGACCAUUUCAUGGGUCAGGCUCACAAAUUCCUCGGCGUUUGUUAUGGAAAUGCUGCAAGAAUUUCUGUUUCGGAUUCUGAAAGACUUUGCUUUCAUAGAGAAUCUUUGGACUCUCUAAACUGUGCUGCUCUAAUCGAUAAGGUCGAUCCAGAGUUGAUGUUUAAUCUUGGGCUGGAGAAUGCAACACAAAGGAAUCUGAGUGAAGCCUUCGGCAAUGUAAUGCUGUAUUCUAGCAUGCUGGCCGGAAGCUCAGCAAGAGGUUGGAAGGUUUUAGCUCUGGUAGCCUCUGCAGAGCAAAGAUUCAAAGAUGCUGAAACCAUAGUUGAACUUGCUUUGGAUGAGACUGGAAAUAGUGACCAAUUUGAACUUCUUAGACUAAAAGCUAUUCUUCAAAUUGCUCAACAACAGCCCAAGCAAGCAAUUGAGACGUACAGGAUUUUGCUAGCUCUUCUUCAAGCUCAAAAAGAACAAAGGAAAAGCUCCAAUUCUGAGAUAUUACAGGAAAGAAGAUUAGAAAUGGAAGCUUGGCAAGAUUUGGCUAAGAUCUACAUAAAGCUUGAGUCAUGGCCAGAUGCAGAAAUUUGCAUUGGCCAAGCUAAGUCAAUCGAGUUCUACUCCCCCCAUAGCUGGCAUGCAACAGGUAUGUUGUUUGAAGCUCGAGCAUUACACAAGGAAGCCCUUGUCGCCUAUGCAUUUGCAUUGUCAACUGACCCAGACUUCGUCCCAGCUAUAGUUUCAACUGCAGCAUUGUUGAUAAAAAUGGGCAGCCGAUCACUUGCCCUCGCAAGAAGCUUCUUAAUGAAUGCUCUGCGGAUAGAUCCAACGUGCCACGAAGCCUGGUGGAACCUUGGCUUGAUUGCCAAGAUGGAAGGCUCCAUUCAACAAGCGGCCGACUUCUUCCAGGCUGCACACGAGCUCAAGAUGUCAGCUCCUGUUCAGAGCUUUGUGUGAUGAAGAAUCAAUUCACAUUUAGCUGAGCAAAUAUGUUUGAAGAUGAAGGAGCUGAGCUCCAUUUGAGGUCUAUAUAACGAGGUGCCAGUGAGAAAAUACAGCGCUUGAUUUGCUGCAGAAAUUUUCUGAGAAUGGGAAGUAUAUUUCGAAGGUCUUGUAACAUGGAGCAAACCACACUCCAUUAAUGUAUUUGUUCAUAAUUCAAAUUUAUUUAAAUAUUAUAUCUAUUUUAUUUACAUUAUUCUGCCGGUGGGUUAGGCCUAAGGGCACAUCAAAGAGAAGGGCUGCAUAAUACUUUUGUUUUAUUUGAUUUCUAGACGAAUGAA